UUCAUCACUCAUGUAUAAUUGGAAAUAUGAAUAUACAUAAAUCAUUUUGAAGCUGUUUAUCAUUUCUUUUCGAGUAAUCUAAUCGUAUCAUGAUUUGCUAUCAAUGCUACGCUCUCCGUGAUAACUUCACUUGUGAUCCGUUUUAUAUUGAACAUGUAAAGCUUUAUUUUUCUUUACUGUACAUACUUAUGUAAGCUCUGAUGUUACUGCGUGUGUAAUGUAUAUGCGUAAUUAGCAUUUAGCGUGCAAGUUGUCGAGUGGGAGAAACUUCACGCAUAGUUGCCAGCACAAGGUCUUACCUACUCCUUCCACCAGCAAGUAGGCUAGAUUCUCCUUCGGCGAGGAUAGCGUAACACACGGCGUGACGUUCUCCUCCAGAGAUUCGCCGGGGGGGUAUCGAACCAAUUUGCUGGUGGAAGGGAGAGUGACAGAUCACGUCAAUUAUAAAUUCGUGAAUAAUUACAAGCGAUGGCUGCAUCCACUAUCACUUUGAGCAACGGGCAAAGAUGUCCCGUGCUGGGCCUUGGAACUUGGCAAGCCGGGGAUGAUCCGAGCGUUGUCGAGCAAGCUGUAAGGGAUGCUGUGGAUGCCGGGUAUCGACACUUCGACUGCGCCUACAUUUACGGGAACGAAAAGGAAAUCGGCAAGGCCCUACAGGAUAAAAUCGCCGAGGGAGUUGUGAAGCGAGAAGAUUUAUUCAUCACGACAAAGCUAUGGAACACAUCGCACAAGAGGGAAGACGUGGUGCCUGUCUGCAAAAGAUCUGUGAAGAACUUAGGACUCGGUUACAUCGAUCUGUAUCUUAUUCACUGGCCCAUAUCAUACAAGGAAAAUGCUAAAAGCCUGUGGCCGGUCGAUGAGAAAGGAAAUCCAAUGUUUGGGGAUGUGGAUUACCUAGAUACCUGGCGUGGUAUGGAGGAAUGCGUCACACUGGGAUUAACGAAGAGUAUCGGGUUAAGCAAUUUCAAUUCCGUCCAAAUCGAUCGCGUCUUAUCGAUCGCCGCGAUCAAGCCGGUGAUGAACCAGGUGGAAGUCCACCCGAAUUUAAACCAGAAGAAGCUGCGAGAGUUCUGUGCCCAACGUGGCAUCACUAUUACUGCUUAUAGUCCUUUCGGUUCGCCUAAGCGUACUUGGGCGAAGUCUACUGAUCCUCAAGUGACAAUGGACGCACCGGAAAUCGUCGCAGUAGGGAAGAAAUAUGGGAAAACGCCAGCGCAAGUUAUCCUCCGAUAUUUGAUCGAUAUUGGCACUAUUCCCAUUCCCAAGUCUAGCUCAAAAGAGCGCAUCAAACAGAACAUCAACAUUUUUGACUUCAAGUUAACACCGGAGGAAAUAGCGACUAUCGACAAACUGGACUGCGGCCUCCGGAUUUGUCCUGCCGCGGAGUUCAAGGGGCACAAGGAUUAUCCGUUUAACAUAGAGUUUUAAGUUUUUAAGUAUCAUUUAUAACAGUUUUUGUUCAUUAAAAAUUUUGUUUAGAAACAUCUGUUGGAAAUAAAAUGUCUAUUAUUUAUGAAUAUGUGAAAUGAACAUGCGUCGUUAAAUGUUUGUUCAUAAAUUGUCAAUUUGAUCAUAAUAACACAUAAUGUAUUUGUGUAUUGAAAUUCUGACUACACUCUUAUCGAAAGGA